CCGCAGACGCCAUACUAAAAGUCAAAAUGGCUGCCCCAAGGAAGCCCGCACCGCGCAGCUAGUAAGGGUUGGGGAACAGGCUUCUGCGGGAAAGGGGGAGGGGGGGCUCUCGGAAGAGCCGUCGCCAGAACCGCAGGCAGGACUAUCGCCCCCCCGAGCUGCACAGGUUCUAAUUACAGGUACACCUUGACAUAACUUUUGAACUAUCUGGAAAAAUAUUGCCCAGAAAAAAAAAUGAUAAAAUUUUUCCUCAUGGUGAAUAAACAAGGACAGACCCGACUUUCUAAAUACUAUGAACAUGUGGAGAUCAAUAAGCGUACAGUUCUGGAAACGGAAGUCAUAAAGAGCUGUCUCUCCCGAUCCAAUGAACAAUGUUCUUUCAUUGAAUUUAAGGAUUUUAAGCUGAUAUAUCGACAGUAUGCAGCUCUCUUCAUUGUGGUUGGAGUAAAUGACACUGAGAACGAGAUGGCCAUUUAUGAAUUCAUCCAUAACUUUGUGGAAGUGUUAGAUGAGUACUUCAGCCGAGUGAGUGAAUUAGAUAUAAUGUUUAAUUUGGAUAAAGUACACAUCAUUUUGGAUGAGAUGGUGUUAAAUGGCUGCAUCGUGGAAACGAAUCGGGCAAGAAUUCUUGCCCCUCUACUCAUUCUUGAUAAAAUGUCAGAAAGCUGAAUGAUGGAAGGCUCUGCCAGACAACAUCAACCUGUAGAAGUGAGAAUACCAUGGAAUACCUCUCAACAUCUGUAGCCCAAAAAAUGUGGAAGACUGCACAUUGCAAAAUGGGGUGUCCUUCCAAAGACAUUUUAAAUAGGUGUUUUCCACAUUUCCUAAAUGGAAAACAAAGCUUUAUUUUAAAAUAUGGUAUUCAAAGAAAUAUUUUCUCUGAACUAAGAGACAAGUUUUGUUUUCUAACCAUAAGCAUUUUUUCCCCACUUGUUCAAAUUUUGUUGAGUUCUGAGGGUAACUUUUUUGUUCUCUGCUUUCCUAUGCACAUUUAAUUCAGGAUUAGCAGCAUGGGAAGAAUGUGUGACAAUUAUCAGCCAAUAAAAUUUUAAACACACAUAGUACUUUGAAUGUUUUCUGAAUGCUUUUUCCUUAAAAUGAUUUAAAAAGUCAAAACUUUACAAAAUUGUGUACCUAAUAAAAAUUGAGAAUUAAAUUUUAUGCCAGUUUCGAAAAGCCUGAUAACCAUUUUAUUGGCACUUGGCAAUUACAAUGUCAUCAUGUAAUUAAUUCACUUAUAAUGUUACCACCAAAAAUGAAUGGUUACACAUUAAAAGAGAGCUCUUAACAACCAUCCUUUAGGCCAUAUUGUAAAUGGUUUGUCUUAUUAGAAAACUUAUUUGUAAAUGAAAAUUUAGUUCAAAGUCUAAAAAUAGAAUGCAAGAGAAUAUCUCUGUUGAGGUCAGCAUGAUAUGAAUCCGAGUUCUCCCCUGCCUCCCUAACUCAUUCCUUUGACCCCUUCUCCUGGAAUGUCUUGAAGCAAAGAAAACUAAGUCACUAUAAAAAAGCAAUAACCUGCCUGAUCCUUCCAAACUUUUCUAGAUGCUUUUGCUACUUAGUCAACAGGAGUAUACAGAACUGUCUUAGGUAAAAGCAUGUUUAUGUGCAUACUGGGUAGGAAGGCAGAUAAAAUGGAAGAAAUAGAAAUACAGUCUUGGUACAUUAAGAUAUUGUGCCAUCCUAUGGAAUUCUAAGAGUUCUUUCAUCUACAACACUCUAUCCUCCAAAAGAAAACAUAAAUGGACAUUACAGGUA